AAUAAGCCUCCUGAACACAUUAUAGACUGUGGAGACAUAGUCUGGAGUCUUGCUUUUGGGUCUUCAGUUCCAGAAAAACAGAGCCGCUGUGUUAAUGUAGAAUGGCAUCGGUUCAGAUUUGGACAGGAUCAGCUGCUCCUUGCUACAGGAUUAAACAAUGGCCACAUCAAAAUCUGGGAUGCAUAUACAGGAAAGCUCCUCCUUAAUUUGGUAGACCACAUUGAAGUGGUCAGAGACUUAACCUUUGCUCCAGAUGGGAGCUUAAUACUUGUAUCAGCUUCAAGAGACAAAACUCUGAGAGUGUGGGACCUGAAAGAUGAUGAAAACAUGAUGAAAGUCUUGCGGGGACAUCAGAACUGGGUGUACAGUUGUGCAUUCUCUCCCGACUCGUCCAUGCUGUGUUCAGUUGGAGCCAGUAAAGCAGUUUUCCUUUGGAAUAUGGAUAAAUACACUAUGAUAAGGAAACUGGAAGGACAUCACCAUGAUGUUGUAGCUUGUGACUUUUCUCCUGAUGGAGCAUUGCUAGCUACUGCAUCUUAUGAUACUCGUGUGUAUGUCUGGGAUCCACACAAUGGAGACAUUCUGAUGGAA